UAUACUACUUGUAAAUUCGUGCAAGUGAAUAAUCUAUUUUCAUUAUUUUUUAUCUAUUUUUUUAUUAUUUCUCAAAUAUGGCACAUGUAUUGGUAAUUAAUGCAUCAGGCUAUUGUCGUAUAAACGUUAUAGGAAUUUAAAUAUUACUAAUCAACACUAGCAAGUUGCUAUGAAAUAUUUUCCAGUUGCUGACAGCGCUGUGGGAUAGACCCCACCCCCCUUCAGUGUGUCUGACCCGGACUCAUCCUCCUCAUCCUCAUCCUUCCAGCGCGAGCGAACAAUAGAGUGCACGGUGUCGGGCCUCGCGCUGCUCUCUCAGGAUUAUCAGCACAAAUCAAACGAUGAACAACAGCGUCGAUCUCACAUCAAACGUAUAACGCGACGGAUUUACAUAGAACCGACUCAUUUGUGUUGAAUUAUCCGAAUAAAAGAUGGCGAACGACUCGCCCGCGAAGAGUCUGGUGGAUAUAGACCUCGCCUCUCUGCGCGACCCUGCUGGCAUCUUUGAGCUGGUGGAGGUGGUCGGCAAUGGCACGUAUGGACAAGUAUAUAAGGGUCGACAUGUGAAAACCGGACAGCUGGCGGCCAUUAAAGUCAUGGAUGUGACUGAAGAUGAAGAAGAGGAGAUUAAACUAGAGAUUAACAUGCUGAAGAAAUACUCGCAUCACAGGAACAUCGCCACAUAUUAUGGAGCCUUUAUAAAGAAGAGCCCGCCGGGACACGAUGACCAGCUGUGGUUGGUGAUGGAGUUUUGUGGCGCUGGUUCAAUAACAGACCUGGUGAAGAACACUAAAGGAAAUACACUGAAGGAAGACUGGAUCGCCUACAUCUCUCGAGAAAUCCUCAGGGGUUUGGCCCACUUGCACGCUCAUCACGUCAUCCACAGAGACAUUAAGGGCCAAAAUGUUCUGCUGACUGAAAACGCAGAAGUAAAAUUAGUUGACUUUGGUGUUAGCGCUCAGCUCGAUCGAACCGUUGGCCGGAGGAACACUUUCAUUGGAACACCGUAUUGGAUGGCUCCAGAGGUCAUCGCCUGUGACGAAAACCCAGACGCUACCUACGACUACAGGAGUGAUUUGUGGUCCUGUGGUAUCACGGCUAUAGAGAUGGCUGAGGGAGCUCCUCCAUUGUGUGACAUGCAUCCAAUGCGAGCACUCUUCCUCAUUCCCAGAAAUCCUCCACCCAGACUGAAGUCAAAGAAAUGGUCAAAGAAGUUCUUCAGUUUCAUCGAGGGUUGUCUGGUGAAGAACUACACGCAGCGGCCGCCCACCGACCAACUCCUCAAACAUCCGUUCAUCAGAGACCAACCCAACGAGAGACAAGUGCGAAUCCAGCUGAAGGACCACCUGGACCGCUGCCGCAAGAAACGGGGCGAGAAAGACGAGACUGAAUAUGAAUACAGCGGCAGUGAGGAAGAAGAGGAGGAGGCUCAGGAGCAGGAGGGCGAGCCCAGCUCUAUAGUGAACGUCCCGGGUGAGUCGACUCUGCGGCGGGACUUCAUUCGUCUUCAGCAGGAGAAUAAAGAACGAUCAGAGGCUAUGAGACGACAGCAACUCCUCCAGGAGCAACAGAUGCGCGAGCAGGAGGAAUACAAGCGGCAACUGCUGGCUGAACGUCAGAAACGCAUCGAGCAACAGAAAGAGCAGCGCAGACGGCUGGAAGAGCAACAGAGACGUGAGCGAGAGAUGAGGAGACAGCAGGAGCGAGAACAGAGGAGGAGAGAGCAGGAGGAGAAGAGACGCAUCGAGGAGAUGGAGAGGAGACGCAAAGAAGAGGAGGAGCGGAGGAGGGCAGAGGAGGAGAAGAGGAGGGCAGACCGUGAGCAGGAAUAUAUCCGUCGGCAGCUGGAGGAGGAACAAAGGCACCUGGAGAUAUUACAACAGCAGCUUUUGCAUGAGCAGGCAAUGCUUCUGGCAGAUGAGCGUCACAGAAGAAAUGUUCAGGGUUCUCCUCAGGCAGCUGCAGUGCAGAAACAACCGCCUGCUGUCCCACCACGAGAAUCCUCCUUCUCUAACGGCAGCGCCUCCGAACAGAGCCAUCGACCCACUGACCCACAGGAUUUGACAGCGCUGGCUAAAGAACUGCGAGCUGUGGAGGACGUGAGGCCGCAGCACAAGGCCACAGAUUACUCCUCCUCCAGCGAUGACUCUGGUACCACAGAUGAUGAAGAUGAUGAGGAGGUGGACCAGGACGUCGGCGAGGACUCCACGUCUGGUCCAGAGGACUCGCGAGGAGGCUCGUCUAGACUCAGUAAUGGUGAGACGGAGGCAGCGAAGACGAUGGUUGUCCAGGAUGACGACGCCUCCUCUUCACCAUGCAAAGACAGCACAUUAGUCGUACGACAGUUCCAGAGCCCAGGGGGUCUAAAACAGUGUCUGGCAAUGUGGGGUUCAGGGUGGGAAGCCGCUUCUAAAGCCGGUCGUGUAGGGAUUCAGGACAGAAAUCACCUCCUGCCUGAUCUGCUCCAGCAGAGUAACCCCUCAGCUUCCUCCUCCUGUCCCAGCAGCCCUCCUCUGAUCCCCCUCAGCCCCUUGGACACACACGCAUGCCUGACAGAGACGCCCACCGUGCCGAAGCACAAGUCUUCCUCCUCUUUCACCCCCUUCAUUGACCCGCGUCUCCUGCAGAUUUCUCCGUCCACCGGCAGCGCACUCAAUAAUGCUGGUUACAGUAAUGAUGCUCGACUGCAGGAGGCGCUGCGGCAGGAUGCUUCUCGUAAGGGCUCUGUGGUCAACGUCAACCCUGUCAACACCAGACCACAGAAUGACACGCCAGAGAUCCGCAAAUACAAGAAGAGGUUUAACUCGGAGAUCUUGUGCGCUGCCCUCUGGGGUGUCAAUCUGUUAGUUGGGACAGAGAGCGGUCUGAUGUUACUGGAUCGCAGCGGUCAGGGGAAAGUUUACCCUCUCAUCAGUCGCAGACGCUUUCAACAGAUGGAGGUUCUGGAGGGACUUAAUGUACUGGUGACAAUAUCAGGGAAGAAGAAUAAGUUGCGUGUGUACUAUCUGUCCUGGCUGAGAAACAAGAUUCUUCACAAUGACCCUGAGGUUGAGAAGAAACAGGGCUGGACGACCGUAGGAGAUCUUGAGGGCUGUGUGCACUAUAAAGUUGUGAAGUACGAGAGGAUCAAAUUCUUGGUUCUGGCUCUGAAAAACUCGGUGGAAGUUUACGCCUGGGCUCCCAAACCCUACCACAAAUUCAUGGCGUUCAAGUCGUUUGGUGAUCUGGUACACAAGCCACUGCUGGUGGACCUGACUGUUGAAGAAGGCCAAAGGUUAAAGGUCAUCUAUGGGUCGUGCUCUGGGUUUCAUGCUGUGGAUGUGGAUUCGGGAGCCGUUUAUGACAUCUAUCUGCCCACUCACAUUCAGACCAACAUUCAGUCUCACGCCAUCAUCAUUCUGCCCAACACGGACGGUAUCGAGCUGCUGGUGUGUUACGAAGAUGAGGGCGUGUAUGUCAACACGUAUGGACGCAUCACCAAAGACGUGGUGCUCCAGUGGGGCGAGAUGCCCACAUCUGUCGCCUAUAUCCGCUCGAAUCAGAUCAUGGGCUGGGGAGAGAAAGCUAUUGAGAUCCGCUCGGUAGAGACUGGCCACCUGGAUGGAGUUUUCAUGCACAAAAGAGCCCAAAGACUCAAGUUCCUGUGUGAGAGAAAUGACAAGGUGUUCUUUGCAUCCGUGCGUUCUGGAGGUUCCAGCCAGGUUUACUUCAUGACUUUGGGUCGCACGUCUUUGCUCAGUUGGUAAUAGUCCCAGAAUCUUUACAGGACUGUUCUCAGAAUCUGAAAGUCAACAUGACGGCCUGAGGCCGGGCGACACACGAUCAGAGCCUGGUGUGAAUGACUGACAAACUGAACUACACAAAGAUCCAAUGGCGUCCUUUUGCAGCGCGCUGCAUGGGAAACGGCUCGAGAAUACUACAGUAUUAUUGCUCGUCUGUGUAAAUGUCUUUCUCUAGAAUUGAGUAGAAUCUGACUGGUCUGAGAGGUGCGGUGCUGUUUCUGUCAGACGGUCAGUAAUUGUGUCAUGGCAAUGAAGAAACACUAAAUGGCUUGUUUUGUAAUUUAUUUCUAAUGUUGAUGAUUUUUAUUUAUUUGUUGUUUUUUACUUGGGGUUAACGUGACAGGAUUCCUGGAGUGAGGCGAGGGAUGUUUUUGUUUGGAUCAUGUUAUGUAUUAUCUGUCAUCAGAAAUCAAAAGGAAGCAGACAGAGGUUAUCUUUGAUUUUUCUCCAGAUUAAAUGUGAAUCUAAUUUGGAUUAAAUGUGAAACUAAAGUGGAUUUAAUGUGGACUGUAUUGUGACAGAUGUGCAGGACACUUUGUUGCCGCUUUUCCCUUCUCGUCUUUUCACAUUAAUAUACAAGUGUAUCAAUAUGAAUGGCCUUUUGCUUUACAAUGUUUAACAACAAUGUAAAGGCGGUGACAUUAUUUUUUGAAAAUACAUCCUUGUUAAAUAUUAUUGGCCAAUAUUCUUGUUAAUCUGCAGACAUGCCUUCAUAAACUGUGCAAUGCGUAAUGUUCACUUUCCUGUACUGUCUCUUUAUAAAUCCUCUAGUUUCUGAAGGUUUGGGAAGAGCUUGUUCAGUAAUGACCCAAGGGUAUUGAACUAUAGCCGCUUACCUCACAAACGUGACGAAUCCCACCAGCCGCUCACUCCCUCACCUUCAUUACUAACCAUUCAUGAUUCACUUCAGAACUCUCCUGCUCAAGACAACAAGCCAAAUCUGUUAACCUUUAUUAUUAUUAUUAUUAUUAUUACACUCAUAGAUUAUAAAAACCCGUAUAUGUUAUUAUAGUUGAUUUAUCUUUGUCAUGGACGAUUACUAUCAUUCAGAAUUAGACGUCUGUUAAAAUCACAGCAGUACUAAAGUGAUGAAUGAUUGAACAGAACUGAAUUUCCCACACAUUGCUUCUGGGUUGCGUUUCUCGAAACCUUCGUAUCGCUACGUUGUUCUUAAGAAUACAUCGCUACCACUCCUAAGGUAUAACUUAAGAAUUAGCGUUAAGAAGUUUUCGGGAAACGCAACUCUGUACUUUUUUAAUUAUUUAUAGGUCUCACGACACACACACACUUGUGCUCAUUUUAGUCUAUCUGUUGGGUUUUGCUCAUUGAACUCGGCUCUCAAAUGCAGUUCUGUUAUGUUCGUAUUCUCUUUUUUCUGUUUAGUUAAUGCCUCAUGUUUUCUCUUCCCACCGUCAAUAAUUAUACGUCUAUACAUAACCAUUCAUGUUUUUUGUUCUUUUUUUUGCGAUAGUUAGUUUUUUGAUUAGUAACAAACUUACAGUGAGAUUAUGAAUUCUUACAUGCUGUAUGAGAAGUUAUUUCUGACCAUGGGGAAAACAAGUGACAGAAACUGCCACGAAAAUAAAACUGCGUGGGCUUUUUUAUGUUUGUGCUGGAAAAUAUUGUGCAGUUUCCAUCUCGUGGAUUUCAUAACAUUAGAAGCCUGAAAUAAAUUUACCUGAAAAACAAAAACAAUUUACAAAAAGGUUUUAUUAUUAACGUGUUAAUUCAUUACCUGACAUGAACUAACAAUGAACAAUCUAUUUGUAGAACAUUUAUUCAAGAGAGUUCAUAUUAGUCAAUACAAUUUCAUUGCAAUACUUUGUGCAUUAACUAAAGUGAACAGAUGCAACGUUUGAAUUUAAAAGUAAUAGUAAAUGAACAAAACCACUUCAGCAUUUAAUUUCAACUUCGUUAUUUCAUGUUCACUAAUGUAGUUACCUAAUGCUUGCAAAUGGAAUGGUUUUUAAAGCAUACCAAAAAAGAUUCAAAGAAGCAAAGUUUUACACUAAUGUGUACUGCUUGUGUCAUUCAAGAUAUUCCCUUUUUUUGUAUUUAACUUUGUGUUUUUAACCAUAACACUUGUUAUUUAGGAACAAUAAUCGAGCUAGUGUUUUCUAAGCACUGCUUUGACUUUCUGAAUAUGUGGACUGACUGGUUGUCUGUUCAGUUGUGGCACUGUAUUGUUUGUCCUCUCUGUAUAUGGCAGGAAGUCCUGUAUUAUCCUGAUGGUUCAUUUGUUUUCUUUGAAAAUAAACGGUUUAAUUUAAGGAAUCGUUCUUUGCUAAAGUUACACAUUUGUUAUAUUAGAAAUGUUACAAUUAUCUUUAUAAAAUGGUCAGUUCUGGUCCUUGUUUCUGAUUGGUUGAGCCGCUUUUCUAAGCCGUUCUGAAAUACCCCGAUUUGUAUUAAUUGUAGCGCAGUGAGCUACAGUGCCUUUCAUAACAGCUAAAAGCUCCGCUUCCCAUCAUGCCUAACAAACGCCCCUUAGCUGUUAUAAAAUGCACUGUAACCCACUGCUUCUUGGGGCUGAUUGCUUGAUAUUUUCAUGACUGGAUGAUGAAUCGCUGAAGGUCCAUUGGAUACAAUAAUAUAAUAUUGUAUUGGGUUUUUCCCCAAUUUUGCAUUGUUGUUAAGCAGCUUACAUGUGUGUAGAUUUCAUCUUCAGACUCAAACUUUAUGGGAGGAGAGUAUUUAAAUCAAUCACGCAAUGUGAUUUACUAAGGUUUGCGCUCAUCAUUGUACUAGUAUUUACGCCAUUAUUUAAACCCUGCACUAAUUUGUGCCGCU